AUGCAGCGUGUAUUGGGGGAGACAAAGUUGUUAUGUGGUGAUUUGGUGGUUCCGCUGGAGUCGUAUUACAUAUAUUGCUAUGCUUAUGAAAUUAGAUUUCUUGGACAGCGUAUAAUAUCGGUAGCUGUAAUUGAUUUGAAGCAUCAUUCUUAUACAACAGCACAAAUAUAUUUGGGUAUUUAUCCCGACAAGUUUACCAGUACUGAUGAGGAAAACUAUAUUGUGACUAGUGGUCAACGUACAAUAGUGUCAAUACAACGUUGUACUACGCUCGCACCGCUCCGGUGGAGUUCUACACAUGUAAAACCAAUAGUACAGCAACGUUUGGACGAAGUUGUACAAUAUGUCUUAAAUUAUAAUCAUUUUCACGAAAUCGGUAUACAGCGGCGAAUUUCAAGAGGCCUCGGUGUACACGCUGACCUAAGACUAAUACAAUUGUUGUCGUAUGCCCAAAAGUUGCAAAACAUUGUGAAAAAUUAUUGUCAAAGUAAUUGUACGUGUGGCGGGUUUAACGACGAGUGUACGUGCCCCAUACCUUACAGAUGUGACGAAGUGUUUUUGGACGCAAAACAACUUUAUGAUCAUGCGGUGCUUUUUAGAGCCACUUGCCCCGCAGGAGAAGAAACUCUAUGA